ACAAAAGCACAAUCUGCAUGGUGCUGUCUCUCUACUGGCGGGCCAGCCUUUCUUCUUGAAUGGGUGCCAGCCAAUGAGCUUCCUCCUGAGCAGGCGUCACUCCCUUUUCACCGGCUGCUGCAGUCAAUCAGCUUAUUCAGCACAGAGAGGAUAUGUGCUGUGUGUGCUCAGGCCUUUCCACACUGCUACAAGCCUACAACCUCCCUAUCUGCCUCCCACUUUACCCCAACAAACAUCCCAUGCCGCUGACCCUCCCAUCCCCCAUUCCCCCACAAGCCUCCACUCACACCCAAGCCACAGCUCUGUUAGUGAGUGAGUCAGUGGAGAAAGUUACACCAGUCUCUAUGUUGGUGUGUUUGCCAGGCACUCGAAGGCAACAACCGCAGCACAAUCCUUUGGCCUGCCAGCCCUGCUGAGUCUGAUCCAAGGCCUCUUCUCAAGACAGCCUCAGCAUGGAAAGCCCAGUGAGGGCUGCGCCAGCUACCCCAACCCUGGCUCCCCGAAACCAUACUCCUUCUCUAAGUCCCAGAGCUGAGGCCAACGAGAAGAGGUCGGAGGUGAGCGAGGGAACAGCGGAUGAGUGUGAGGCAGUGGACACAGAGGGGGACCCUAUAUGUCUCUCGCUGUUAUCAAAGAUGACUGUGUUUGUGGAGGCGCCAGCAGAGGAUGCAUCAGAGAAGGCUGUGGCUGAGGAGGCUGCAGCCAAGGAGAGGGCUGAGAGAGAGGCUCAGAGGCAGCUCCUGGCCACAGAGGAGCUGGUCUACACCGAGAGGAACUACCUGAGACUCCUCCAGGUCUGCACCUGCACCAUCAGGAGCAACCUGCAGAAACUACAGCCUCAGCUGCCUGACCUGGACAGCAUGUUCCUGUACAUAGAGGAUGUGAUUGAUGUGUCGGGACGCCUCCUCAGCCUCCUGGACCAGAAGCAGGUCACGCCCCAUGAUCCUCUCUUCCUGGAGACCCUGUGUGACGCCUUCCUCAGUCUAUCAACAGACAUUGAGUCGGCUUACAAGGAGUACCUGUCCAACUACAACAACGUCACAGCGUUAGAGAACAGCUACAAACAGAAAGAAUCCCUGUGGACUGAGAUGGUGAAAGUCAUCAAGUCCUCAGCGCCAGAGGUGAAUGCUACCUCUCUGAGCUUCUUCCUGGUGAUGCCAGUCCAAAGGAUCGCUCGCUACCCUCUUAUCCUCCAGACCAUCAUGAAACAUACAGACCCUGGGCACCCGGCCUACUCUCUCCUGGAGCAGACUGCCCACGCCGCCGUAGCCAUCAACUGCAGGAUCAAUGAGUACAAACGCUUCCGAGAAGUUGCCGACAAAUACAAGAAGACGGAAACCUUGACGAUAAGGGAUAAGAUAAAUCGUCUGAAUAGCCACAGCAUCGCAAAGAAGACUGCCAGACUGAGUCAGUUCAUCAAGCAUGAGACGGGGAUUUCACCAAAGUUGGUUGAUGAGGAGUUUGAUGCCUUGGAGGGCUUUUUCUAUCUCCUUGAAAAUGGUAUCGCCGUGCUACAUGAAAAUGUGGAGACGUAUCUCAGCCAUCUGCAGAGAUUCCUUAGCUGUCGACCGGAGGAGUUUGACCUUGACAUGGACGGCGAGAAGCCUGCUAUAUGCUACAAGGAAAUCACAGCAGCAUUGAGACAAUGGAUACUUCCUACAUUUGAGAAGAGGAUGAGGACGUUGGUCCACAAGCCCCUCUGUGCCCUUCGAGAACUGCUGGUGGGGCCUCGUAACCUGAUCCGUAAGCGCCUGGACAAGCUGCUUGACUACGAGCUGAUCGAAGAGAAGCCCAGUCUGAGCUACGAUGAGCAGGCGGUGGCUAACACCUAUAAGACCAUCAACACGUUGCUCCUCAACGAGCUGCCCCAGUUCAAUGGCCUGGCCCUCACCCUGCUCUGGGGCAUGCUGGGGGCCUUCAGCUGCCUGCACAAGGACCUGGCUGCAGACAUGGAGCAGCUCUUCCAGGGCUUUGCCCAACAGCUCCCUCACAGUUCCCUGGAGCCAAAUGCAUUCUGGGAGUGGGCAGAGUGUUCGGUAUUGGAGGGUGCGAGGAUGCUGGAGACUCUGUGUCGGAAUGUGGAGGACCAACUCAAUGCUCCCAUUGUCCAGCCUCUCAGCCCUGUGUCUCAGAAGUGUCUGAAGGUCCUGACAGACAAGCACGGCUCAGGCAAGAUCUACCAGCUGACGGGUCAUGUGGUGGGGACUAGAGACCUGGACCUGAGCCUGAACAGAGGAGCGCUGGUGGCCAUCAUCAGUGAGAUGGACUCACGGGGGGACAGGCGCCGCUGGCUGGUCGACGCAGGGGGUCCAAGAGGAUACGUCCCCUCCUCCAAACUGGUGCGUUACCACCAGGUGACCAUGGACCCUCCCCCGUCCCCACAUCUGACAGUCACUACCAUGGAUUGUGCUGGAGGUGUCAGGCGACACUCCUACACCCCUGACGUCGGGCGACACUCCUUCUCCCCUGAUACACCCCAACCCGUGAGGACUCUGUCGAUGACCAUGCCCUGCUUCCAGGUGUUUGCAGGCUAUGACUUCACGGCGAGGAGCAGUCACGAGGUCUCUCUGAGGGCGGGGGAACCAAUCCGAGUGCUGGAACCCCACGACAAGAGGGGAAGCCGCGACUGGAGCCUGGUGGAGGUGCGGGAACAGAGGGGUUAUGUUCCCUCCAACUACCUGGCAGUGGUGCCUACAUCUACGUCGCCCACCACCCCCUACCACUAGGGUUGCCCCGGGCAACCAGCCAGUCCGUGCUAGACGCCACUCAACCAUCGCUGCCCACGCACCUCUGCUCAGCAGGAGAAGCACUCUCACUGAAGCCUACAUCUACAGGAGGGCGAGAAAGAGAUGUGUGUGUGUGUGAUGGAUUAGAUGACAGGUGUGUGUGUGUGUGAAGUGGUGCACCAGGCAUUUGCAUGUAGAGUGCUCCAAGCCCUCGACUGCAGCACUUAUUAGAAGCAUGUAAGUGGGAGGCUGCUUCCGUCACCAGGAACCAGGGGUGAAAUGCUGCUUUCUCCUACAGAAAAUGACUGACUGGCAGGCAGGUAGCAAUGCCUCAGCACAGCAUGAGGAUGAAGGAGAGCAGGCAGUCUGUGGCAAGGGAAUUGGUUCUUGUGAAUAUUUUACCUACCUGACAAAGCUUCUCCACUGAGCGGAUCUCUCGCUCAACUGGCGCUGGCAGUUAAACUGAUGGACAUAUGUACACGACCCUGACUCCAUUUAUGUGAUGUACCGCUUUGCACCGUCAACAGUGAAUCCGCCACUGACAUUGACAGCAAUGCAAUAUAUGCUCAGGCAAAAUAGUUGUAUGAUUUCGUAGAAGAAAUGAGGUCGGCAUACUAAAACAUUAAUGCUAGAUUGAUCAAAUAAGAAAAGGGGGAGAGUGGAUCAGAGAAGUCCUGUUCAAAUGAAUAGCUGGCUUGAUUCCAGAUAUCAAACGGCAGCAAACAUCUGUUAUUAAAGCAAUUGUAUCAUUCGGGUUGUUAUGGCUUUAAUAGCAUAGUACUUGUCGUGCUAGCGGCGCCUUCUCAUUGGUCCAAAUGUCAGAGCAGAGUGAGAAGGCAAGACGUUACCUGCUGCUGCUGCUGUAUCUGGGCUGUCUGGUCGAGACGAGGCAGAACUCUGUGUCUUCUCCGAGCUGGCCACAAGGGGGCAUACCUCACCAACUCUCACCUAACAGAUGGCUUUUGUAGGCUUUAGCUUCAUUAUCUUUAUUAUUACCUCAGUCAGUAUUGAUGUUAAGCUUCUGGUGGAUGUUGCACAAUCUAAACAUGUUCAUAUCGUAACAGUGUUGUCGUGUAUAAUUAAUUUGACUGUCACGAUCUGCUUCAUAAUAUUAUCUAAUGAGAAUGUGUUUGCUCAGUAAGUCUACUGUCAGGGAUAAUCCUAUGCCGUGUUUAAAAAAAAAAAAAGUGUUCUAUUUAUUUACCCCUAGCAGGCAGAGCCGCACAUCAGGCUUUCAUGUGUUCUGAUGAAAUGAGCUAUGGAAGAUGAAAUGACUCAGUAUUGCCAAAAACAGUUUGAAAGGGAGCACAGCUCUGCUCUGUUGGUGCAGCAGUGUCAUUGUUAUGCUGAUUGCUGCAGAAUAGUCUGUGUGGCCUGGAUAAUACAGAAUUCAAGCUGGGUAUACAGCUUUUCAGAUAUUCACCUCCAUUUUACCAUGUUGGCUCAGGACAGGAUUUGUAUGCGGCUCUAAGAUGGUGCAGUUUCUGAAUUUUAGAUGCAUUUUAAGGAAAAGCCACAUAGACGGUGACCCAUUUUUAGAAAGCUAUUAUAACAUAGCUUUCACUAAGCGCGCACCAGAAUGGAGGGUAAUCAAGUGUAAACGGACGUAAGGGCUUUUAGGGUUGCACUUAACCAAACAAUGCUACUGUGUGGCGCGUGCUGUCCUCCAUAUGACAUCUAAACGUGUGUGUGUGGCGUAUUCCGCAUUUGUGGUUGUCACCUUGAUGCUAAGGACGGGUUGUCAACAGGGAUUUGAUGCAGUGACUCCCUGCAGCUACCGCUAUCCCUAGCAUGACAGAACCCUACGCAGCUCUAAAAAUACACUUUCUCUCAUUCAAUGGUUCUAUAAAUAGACUACUGUCAUUAUAGGAUCCCCUAUUGGACCCUUGGCCUCCCCCUGCUGGCUACUGUGGAAACAGGUUUUUCUCUUCUUCCUCUGGGUGGUAAAUCCCAAAACAGCAACUGUUAAACUACCUCCCUGCAUGGCUCCAGGGCUGCUCUUGGCUUAAAAUCCAUAGGGGAGUAUACAGACAACAAUUAGGUUGGUUGUUGUCUCUGUCUUUGAGAAUUGGGCUCCUGACUAGGAGGGUAAUCCAGUGCUUUGCAGGCAGGGCUGAGACGAGGCGUCCAUGUUUCUGUCAGCCUCCAGUCAGUGUAGAUCAGCUGCUCCACUGUAACACUGUCUGCUUAUCUGGCUGCAGCCUCAGAUUUACGUGCUGGGCUGAAAUUAUUGUCCAUUUUUAGGGGGUCACUGUGGCCGUCAAGGGAAAGUGCAUCUGGGUGCCGGGGGGGGUAUUUUUUUUUUCCCGAGAGUCUCUCCCUCCGCCACCUCCCCUGACUUGUGAAGAAGUGUUGAAGCGCAGUGUGUAACGGGGGCUGACCCGUCAAAGCCGCACUGGGCUUGGCCACAGAAAUAGCAGCAGUGUGGGCUUGUCCUGGUUGUUUUAAGCCAGGGCUGUAUUUGGGAACCGUCUGGCACCGCCCCUGAUGCCUUAGCUUGGCUUCUUUUAGGCCCUGUCUCUGGCAAAACCAAUUUAGUUUUAACAAUGGUUCAUCCCCUUUGCUGCUAGACUAGAAUGGGACAUUUUCCCUUGGCUUGUAGCUAAUGACUGGGGGUUUAGAAGAUAGUGGUGAAACUGAGGCGUGGACGGUGCAGGGUACGGCAAGGCAGGGAGGCAUGUGACACUGCAGCCAUGCAGCAAAAUUCUCCUGAGGCUCCCCUUGGGGAGCUGAGGAUGGAGCCACUGACAUGGCCCAAUCGCCAUGUGUGUCAGUGAGAGCGUGUGAGUGAGCCACGGCAGUCAAGCUUAACAGAUCUCCUUGUCGUCAGGAGAAUUGACUUGGCUGUUCCUAAUUCCAGGACAUCGGCUGUUUUCUGCUUUCUCCUUCAUGCUUCCAGCCCUUCUUUGAAUAAGACAUACAGAGAGACAGAAGACCGAUACACAGUGCAUUCGGAAAGUAUUCAGACUCCUUGACUUGUUCCACAUUUUAUUACA